CUGGAGUAUGUGGACACCUUGACCCCCGAUCCCCUGAGGCCAUCCCUCCAUCUUUGGAACACACUAGUAAUUCAUUGAUAACAGGAAACUAUGAGGGACCCUGUGAGUAGCCAGUACAGCUCCUUUCUUUUCUGGAGGAUGCCCAUCCCAGAACUGGAUCUGUCGGAACUGGAAGGCAUGGGUCUGUCAGAUACACCCACCUACAAGAUCAAGGACAGCAGCAUUGGCAAAAUGACCAGGCAAGCAACAGGAGCAGAACCAGAGAAAAACCCAGAAGGUGAUACCCUCCUAGAGUACAGCACCUUCAACUUCUGGAGAGCUCCCAUUGCCAGCAUCCACUCCUUCCAGUUGGACUUGCUCUAGGCUAAGACUUACCUCUCCUACCACCUUGCCCUCACUGUCUUCUCUUUCAAGCCCCUUCCUUCUCAUUCCUUUCCCAAAUUAAUCUUGUUCUCUUCUCUCUAUUGUGUUGGUGGUGCUGAUGAAUCUGCCAGUUGUUUGUUUGUUUAUUUAUUUAUCUACCCACCUACCU